AUGCGGCUGCGAAGCUUUAAUUCAAACGGAGACGUUUCUGGCUUUGUAGCUAGUUAUUUCACAUUCAAUCGGAGAGUCGUUAAUAGCCUUUGACGUGGUAGUUUUUAUUUUUUAAACGCAAAGCAUCGUUUUUGAAGGGGCUCCGUUUCCUUAUCAGUUUAAUUUGUUCAUUAUCCCGCGCGCGCUAUCGUAACUAUAACGUCUGUGCGCGCGCUAUUUACCUUACUGGAUGGAAAGCACUCUUAUUCACAGGACCGACAUCUGAAACGCGUGGAUGUACCCCUGCUCAUCUGCACAAUGGCAGUCUAUUCAAUCAGCUUGAUGUCUCGGCACCAAAGAAACAGCAAAAAAUCGAGUAUAAUUACAGCAUAGCAAUACGCCCACACUUUACCUCUUGUUUUCUAGUCAGUUUGCACUUAAUAAAGGACCCCUGUUUAAAAACAGGCAGUUCUCAAUAAGUUAUUUAUUUAUUUAACCGUUUACCUCUUAAUUUUAUAUGCUGCCGUUUAGAAAUUACAUUAUAUAAAUAGCUAUUUGGACGAGCAUCAUUACCUUUUAAGAUUUUGACGACGUUUCUCUAUAGCCUCUAAUCAUGGUUUCAACUACUGCCACUGCAAUAAUACUGGCCAGCACAGUGGGGCUGGCGACCCACACUGCUCUGACAGAGUACACGUGGUUGCUGAUUAUCGGCUUCAUCAUCGCCUUCGUCUUAGCUUUUUCUGUGGGUGCCAAUGAUGUUGCCAACUCAUUUGGCACAGCUGUUGGUUCUGGAGUGGUCACCUUGCGACAGGCAUGCAUUCUGGCCACCGUGUUUGAGACCCUGGGCUCUGUGCUCCUUGGAGCCAAAGUGAGUGAAACCAUCCGCAAGGGUAUCAUCGAUGUGGGCAUGUACAAUAACACCCCGCAUGAGUUGAUGGCUGGAUCUAUUAGUGCCAUGUUUGGUUCUGCUGUGUGGCAGCUGGCCGCCUCCUUCCUUAAGCUCCCCAUCUCUGGAACUCACUGCAUUGUUGGUGCUACUAUAGGCUUCUCGCUGGUUGCCAAAGGCCAACAGGGAGUCAAGUGGUUUGAACUCCUCCGUAUAGUUGUAUCCUGGUUCCUUAGUCCCCUUCUGUCGGGAAUAAUGUCUGCCGUUGUUUUCUACUUUGUGCGCGUGUUCAUCCUACACAAGAAAGACCCUGUACCCAAUGGAUUGAGGGCGCUGCCUGUCUUCUACGCUGUGACUAUGGGAAUCAACAUGUUCUCCAUCAUGUACACAGGAGCUCCGAUGAUUGGAUUUGACCAGAUCCCUUGGUGGGCCACCCUGCUCUGGUCAUUGGGCUUCUCUGUGCUGACCGCCCUUGUGGUCUGGUUUAUUGUCUGCCCUCGCCUCAAGAAGAAGAUUGAACGAGAUCUUAAGUCUGCCAGCCCAUCAGAGAGCCCCCUGAUGGAGAAGAGGGAGCUGGGAGAGGCCCACUGUCCAAUCCUGAAACAGACUGCCAAGGAGACCGCUCCAGCUGCCAAUCAAAGCCCCCCUGCGCAGUUGGAGGCCGCCCCGGAGGAGCGUCGGGUGGCAUUUGACAUUGGAGAGUCUGACGAUGUUGACAAUAAUAAGGAACGUAGGGUGGCGUUUAACAUUGGAGAUUCUGAUGAUGCGGACUACAGCUCUGCCAACGGUGCCCCCACACAGAAUCAGUCAAACAGUCAGGCCAACAACCAGCAAGUCCAGCCCAGCAAUGGCUACACCUAUUCGGUGAAUCAGAUCCAGUUCAACAAUCAGGUUCAGUUCAACAACCGGCCAGCACAGGUUCCAAGUAACGGUUACAGCCAGUAUCACACGGUCCACAAGGACUCCGGCCUCUACAAGGACCUGCUCCACAAGCUCCACCUGGCCAAGGUGGGUGACUGCAUGGGCGAGGCCGGUGACCGACCGAUCCGGCGCAACAACAGCUAUACCUCCUACACCAUGGCCAUCAUCGGCAUGCACGGAGACUUCAAGCAUAAAGAAGGAGACUACCGGGCCUAUGAGCAAAAUUACAAGUGCACAGGGUCAGGGGGUCAGGAAAGGAAGCGAGUGCGUAUGGACAGUUACACCAGCUACUGCAAUGCUGUGGCAGAGCACACGACUCCUGAAGCGCUGGGAGAGGGCGACGUGACACUAGAAAUGGCGAAGGGGGACGCAGGAAGCAGCCGAAGCUCUCUGGAUGACGGGCUUGAGGCGGACAAGCCGGAAGUGUCGACUCUCUUCCAGUUCCUCCAAAUUCUCACCGCCUGCUUCGGAUCCUUUGCUCAUGGAGGGAAUGACGUGAGUAAUGCCAUUGGGCCGUUGGUAGCCCUGUGGCUGGUUUACUCGACUAGCAGUGUGACUUCAAAUGAGCCCACACCCAUUUGGCUGCUGCUGUACGGGGGCGUGGGCAUCUGCGCUGGACUCUGGGUGUGGGGUCGCAGAGUCAUCCAGACUAUGGGCAAGGACCUUACUCCCAUCACCCCCUCAAGUGGUUUCAGCAUUGAACUGGCCUCAGCCGUGACCGUCGUGGUAGCCUCUAACAUCGGCCUGCCUGUGUCCACCACCCACUGCAAGGUGGGCUCGGUGGUUGCGGUAGGAUGGUUGCGCUCCAAGAAGGCGGUGGACUGGCGUCUCUUCAGAAACAUCUUCAUGGCGUGGUUCGUGACCGUGCCCAUCUCCGGUCUGAUCAGCGCUGCCAUCAUGGCCAUCUUCCUCUAUGGCGUCUUCUGAGCGGUCGGCUGCACCCCGACCAGGGGGCGAGAAAGAAACCGCUUCAGUGCGCACCAGAAGGAAAGGAGUGUAGUUGGAAGGCCAACGUGUAUAUCGCUUACCUCAAGCCAACAACUUUGGAAGAAAAGGGUGGGAAAAAAAUAGAAAUAUUUGAAAGGACUUGUGAUUGUGGGCCUGUGGUUCUUGGCUGCAUCAUUUUCAUCAUAGAAUUUGCUGUUUGUUCCAAUUGGGCCACGUUACGUCCAGCAGGAAGCUCGCAUUUCCUGGUUCUGAUUCUGGCUUUUUCAUAUCUCAUCAUUCUUUAACGAGUUAUUCUGAAAGCAUCAAUUGAUGAUGAUUAUUAUUAUUAUUAUUUUUUUUUUUUACUUUUCAAUUAUGUAAAUACAACUGUUCUGUUUUUAAUUUUGUUUUACACUUUAGAAAGAAGUGAACCAUUUAAGAUGCAGUAUACGCCUUUUGCACAUGUAACUCUCGUCAUUACAAAUGCUGAAAGUAACGUAGAUGCAAAAGCAGUAUUUUAAGGUGAAAAACAAGUUUAUGUGUAUGCGUGUUUUAAAAAAAAAAAGUAGUUCUUCCUAAAUUCGAAGUAAUUGUUAACGAAUUAUUGUUUUCCAUCUGGCUUGUAUGCCUAAACUGUGGUACACUAGCUGCUCCACAUCUCUUGGUAUCGAAGAAAAGUGAAUAUAAACUGACUUAAGUCAGAGAGGUUGGCGAUGGUCUUUUCCAAUAUCCUUAAAAACAGGUCUGCAGUGUUUUUCUUUAUGAAUUGUCAAACUAGUUUUCCAUGAUAAAAGUACCAAUUGUACACACUGGAUGAUCACUUGCAGAACGAUGAGUGAAAUGCUGUAUCGGUAGCAUAAAAGUUAGCACACUUUGGCACCCAAUUCCUUGAAGUCGAUGGAUAACAUGCAAUCCAGUUAUUUUAUAAGAAAGUCACAACUUUCUGAGAUUCUCCAGCAGCGCACAAAUAAUUGCCUGAUAUUAGUUACUUGAAUUUGAGAGCGUUAACCAACGGAAACACGUGCUCUCAAACAAAUCUGUUAAAACUUGAUGACAUCUUUGAUGGUUGAAUGCUUCCUUCAGCGUUGUUUUUCCCAGUUCACCGUGUGUUGGCUUCUUCCCAGUAGGCUUACGCUUCCUCUUUCUGUGAAAUGUGCACCCGCCUAGACAUUUGGGUAGUUCUAACUACUCGCUCUCUUUCGCGGCCUGAGGGUGAAAAGGUUGUAAAAGAGAACAGGAACUCAAAACUGGAAGUUCUCUGUUUGUUGUGACGCUGAUCUGGUCUCUUAUUUGAAGCCAGGUGGACGUCACGUUGCCACCAGUGAGUCAUUUGGCUGCAGGACUAAAUGCAUAUCUGAUCUAUAGCUGCUGUAGUUGCCUUAAUUGUUUUUAUUUCCCCUUAGCUACCAAAGAGUUUUUUUUUAUGCACAUCCACAUACUCUGGUCCACAUUUGUAGAUUAAAAAAAAAUAAAAAUGGGAAAAUAC